GCCCUUUCAGCCAAUAGGAAUCAGGUAAACAUUGUCCUUGAUAUGUAACCGUCAGGACGAACGGCGAAGUUUCUUUAAAUUAAUUUUAGAUUAAGGUAAAUCAUGUCGGUUAAACACGCUCUUAGUCGUGGGUUGGAGUUGGGAAGAUCGCUUUUCCAGCUCGGAAUCCUAAAACCUGCGGCACGAAUUGCAGUUAAGUUCCGAGGUGAGCGCCUGCGGGUGAGUCAACCAGGCCGCACCGUCCAGCCUCGGACUUUCCUGCCUGCACGUUACCGGUAUUACCGCACGUCCCUCAGCGGCCUCGCAGCGCAGCUCCAGUCCGCCGGUUUCAGGAGGCUGAUAGGAGGCGGCUCUCCGAGAAACCGAGCCGUUUUUCUGGCUUUCGGUGUCGGUUUGGGUUUGAUCGAUCAACAGCUGGACGAAGACCGACGGAGCGCAGCAACAUGCCAGGAAAUCCAGGCGUUAUUCAUGAAGAAGAAGGAGAAAUUUCAGAGCCCUGUAAAACCAUUCUCCUGUGGAUAUAAACUGGAGGACUACGUGAUCGGGAAGCAGAUAGGAAAAGGCUGCAAUGCUGCUGUCUACGAGGCUGCAGCUCCGUUUGCCCCCCUUGUGACAAACAAGUGUUCCCUGGUAGAGCUAAAACAAAUCGGAGAAGAAACUGACCUCACAGAACCUCUAAAACCCCCCAGUUCAAACAGCUACCCCCUGGCUGUGAAGAUGAUGUGGAAUAUCGGGGCAGGUUCUUCAAGCGAGGCGAUCCUUAAUGCCAUGUCCCAAGAGCUGGUCCCUGCGAGUCCUCAGGCUUUGAGGAAAGAAAAAGAAGAGCUUGUCCUGAGUGGUCAUUUUGGAGAAACUCCCAAGAGAGUAACACCCCACCCCAACGUGAUCCGUGUGUAUCGUGCCUUCACGGCUGAGGUACCGCUUCUUCCUGAUGCUUUAGAAGAGUACCCUGCUGCCCUGCCUGCCAGACUCAACCCCGCCGGCCUGGGCAACAACCACACACUCUUUCUGGUCAUGAAGAAUUACCCAUGUACCCUGCACCAGUACCUGCAGGUGUGUGUGCCAGGCUCCAGACAUGGCUCCAUGAUGCUCCUGCAGUUGCUGGAGGGUGUGGAUCACCUGUGCAGACAGGGCAUCGCUCACAGAGACCUCAAAUCUGAUAACAUCCUCCUGGAGUUUGACUCUGCGGGUUGCCCCAGGCUGGUCAUCACAGACUUUGGCUGCUGCCUGGCGGAAGAGUGUUUAGGACUGAAACUGCCCUUUACCAGUCGCUAUGUGUACCGAGGAGGGAACUCCUGCCUCAUGGCACCAGAGGUGGCCACAGCCGAGCCUGGCCCCGGUGUAGAGAUCGAUUACAGUAAGGCAGAUGCAUGGGCAGUGGGAGCCAUCGGUUAUGAGAUCUUCGGUCAGCCGAACCCGUUUUACAGCAACACGGGCUUGGAAAGCCGCAGUUAUCAGGAGAAACAGCUGCCCCUCCUGGGUUCCAGCGUGCCCUUGGAUGUGCAGUUGGUGGUGAGGCUGCUUCUGCGCAGGAACCCUAACAAGCGUCCAACUGCACGUGUUGCUGCCAACAUCCUGCACCUGAGCCUGUGGGGCAAACGUGCAUUAGCCAGCCUGAACCCUGCCAGCUUGGGGAAGAUAGCCGACUGGCUGCUGUGUCACUCAGCUGUGGUUCUUCUGAAAGGCUGUGGGGGCGGCUCCUCAGUGGAGGCCGAGCUCCAGAGAGGAUUCCUCACCAACCUGGAUCUGGAGGAGCUUCGCAUGGCGGCAGGAUACCUCAUGUGUGGACUACAGCUGUCAGCUGAGCGUUAGAGUCUGAGCUGCUCUGUGAGAAGGCUGUUGUAGGAGCGUUUAUCCUGAGAAAAGCACAGAGACUGUAGAUUCCUGAGUUAACACUGUGGAUGCAAUAGCACUUUAUCUCUGCUUUAUGUUCACGCACUUUCAUAUAUGUUCCCUGUUUGACGUAGUCUUCAGAUAGGAUGUGACUAAACCCUGUGGACUGUCAAUGAUGUUGUAGUCAUUGCUAGGUGAUUGCAAGAACACAUACUGAUCUGUUAAAUAGACAGCUUAUAGUUUGGAAGUACUUAGUGGUUAAGGUGUUGCACUAAUGAUCAAUAGGUUGCGAGUUCGAAUCCCAGGUCCACCAAGCUACCGCUGCUUGUCCCUUAAGUAAGGCCCUUAAUCCUCAAUUGCUCAGGGGUAAAAAAAAAAAAAAAAGCUAGAUGUAAGUUGCUCUGGAUAAUAUAAAUGUUUUAACACAUGAAAUAAACAGUCAGUCCUUUUAAA